AUGACCAUGGAAUCUCCACCACAAUACUCUCUGGCGGAUGUGGAGGACACCAAGCUAGCUGAAACGGAGAGCGAUAAUCAGAAUAGGGCAUAUGGAAAUUGGAAUAUGUGGGCCAACAAUUGGAAUAGCCUAGAAACUGUUGGUGGCUGGUGGCGGUCCUUUGCGCCCAACUCCCUGCCACCUGUCCCUAUGCCCAUAGUGAUAGAUGAAGACGAUAUGAGAGCACAUGUCCAGAGAGGCAGAGUAGAAAGCGUUUUCUAUGAUUAUGAAGAACCUCCACCCCCUCCAUUUCACAUUCCACAAAUGCAUCUGGAAGACGAAGAUGCUCGAAAUGCUAUGCAUAUGGUCGAUCAUUAUCCAAAUCAUAGCUAUAUAACUGUUAUGCAGUCAGUUUCCAUGGAAAACAGGCAGACACGUAUGCGAUCACAUACCGAGUCUAGUGACGAAGAAGCGGAUGCUCUGCGAUCUUUUCUCCUCUCCAGCUUGCGUUCAAAUAAACCCUCUCAGCCUCCUCGACCCACACCUGUAAGACAAGCCCCUCCGCCACCUAAGAUUUUCCGACCUUCGACCCUUCCGCCAUCCGCCAUUAAUCUUCUCAGAGAAGGUUUGAACGCAAGCUAUGAGUCGGAUGACCCAGAAGAACUGCGUUCAUUUCUUCUCUCCAGCAUAGCAACGAGGAAAGCUGUCAAAGCUCGUUGCAAUUUUGGCGCCUUCCCCUCCAAAAAAAAAGACGAUCCGGCAAGGAAACAGCAUCUCAUUCCCCCUGUCAUAAAAAAAUCUGAUAACCAGAAAGAAUCGCCUAUCGAAAGUGUCUCAGAACCCCCACCAACUUCAAUCGCAGCAACCUUUGACAAGCCUGUGACUUAUAAAUUCAUAAAUCAAACUUCACUCUCUCCGAAAAUCAUCAGAAUCGUAAAAAAGAAUAAGGUGAUAAAUAGAAAGGCAACUGCAAAAAGAAAAAUGCCAGUAAAUAAGGCGUUAUAUACAAGAUCAAGAACCAAACGUCCGUCAACGCUUAUGGUCAAAGAACCUAACGCUCCACUUCACAGUAGUUGGAAAACUGCGUCCAGCACCCGCCUUAUUAAAAACAUGGAUCCAGCUACCAUCAAGGUGAAGAAAUUGGUCAUCAGCUUGGCAGAAGAAUCGGCAGCCAGCGACGACGAUUUGGAGCUGAACUCCAUUGCCUACACCAGUUGCGGAAAUACAGCCGGUCCGCUGAGCCUGGCCACGGAAAGUGCUAGUGGUUCAACCAUCCGAUCCAACACUCCCUUGUCCGAGAUUGGGAAUACGAAUCCCGCACCCAAUACCAACCUGACGAGAACUGUCAUCAACGAUCAUUUUAAUCAAAAGAUUAAUGACUACCUAAAACAAGCCAGAUCCCAGGCACCUGCGACCAGUUCGCCGAAGACGACUCUUAAGAAAAUGCCCGAGAAACCAAAGGUGGCCGGAAAGCGAAAAGUUUCGCUUUCCUCUCCGAUGCGUCCUACAAAAAUUUCGCCCGGGGCUGUGAAGCAUUUGCCGGUGGCUUCCCAGAAGGAGUACCUGCGUUUGAUCGAGCGAAUGCAAGUUCUGGAAAAGAAGAAACAAUUGGAAGCUAAAGCUAGUUCUUCCACUAAAUCGGGGCCAAACCCUGCUGGGGAUAAGCCUCCAGAUGCCAAAGUACCAAUGCCGAAUCCCAACCCAAAUGCACCAUCAGAAAGCCGGCUAAAGGCAUUCGAGAAUGCGGUUAAAAAAGUCGGAGGCAACAUGAUAACCAAUCUGGACAAGUCACUGAAUCUGGUGGAGGAAGCCACGAAGUCAAAGACGAUCCAACUGGAAUGUUCGCAGCGUCUAAGGGAAUUGUAUGCGGAAAUGCAGUCUGUGAAGGAGGUGGGCAAGCAGGAAGAAUUGAAGCUGUCUCAGAUUGAGCCAGAGAUUCAGACCAACCGCGAGACAAUCAUAUCUCUGAAUCAGGAACGCCACAAACUCCACACCAGGGCCAUGGUUCUGGGCCGUGACUUAGGGGGCGAUGACUACAAGUUACUCGACGAGAGUAAGGCGACUAUCACGGAAAAAUCCACUCAAUUAUCCAAGGAAAUUCGUCUCUACAAUUCCAUCGUGAAGUACGAUGACCUGAAGAAUCUGACUGCUGGAGAUCCUCAGCCAAAAUCUGUGAUUGAACAGGAAGAAGAGCCUUCUGGAAAAAAGCCCCCGGAAUUGGAAGCUUCGGAUGCAAACAAAUCUGGCACCGGGCGGAAACCAAUGCCUCAGGAUAAUCCGGGGCAGAGCCUCACCGAACCGGGACCCUUCUUUGUGAUCAGGAUGCGGGAGCUAAGGAAGAAGACGGCUAAAAAGGUGGGAUCACUCAAGAACCAAAUUUUCUUAACCUACCAAUCGCCCAUGUCACGCAACUACAACAGCGACCUUGAUCCCCACGCCAUCAUGUGUCCCUUCGAUCUGAUGGGAAUCUGCCAGGAUGUGGAUUGCAUCUACCUGCAUUUACCUCGCCCCGAUGGACGAACACACAUCCAACGACGUACCUCAGGACUAAUAUCUAACAACCAACCAGAAAAUAAACAAGCUGAAAUUAAAAACCCUACAACUCAAAUUCAAAGAAAACGGAAGAGGAUGUCCAGAUGGCAGCCAAUAAGCGAAAUCACAAAGAUAAAUUGA